AUGACAAACACGCGUAGAGAUUACGACGAAGCUGCCCGGCAGAUCGCCGAGAUACAGGAACAGAUGCAGGCAGUUCAGGCGCAGCUGAAUGAUAACCAGAGGGCUAGUGCUGAGGCCCUAGGGGCCUUCCAAACCGGAUUCCAGACAUUCCAGAUGGAGGUGAGGCAAUGGAUGAUGGCCAUGGCGCAGGGGACAACGAACCCACAACCGGCAAUCGCAGCUCAAUUUUCGGCCGGAGCACAGUCCCUUCGUUCCGACGGGGCUAGUACUUCUGUUAACCACCUAGGAGGGGGGAUAGAUGCCUGGUUCGAUGGGUAUAUGAUUGAUCAUGGUGGGAGAGUCUUCUGGGAAGAAUUUGCAGAGGAUGUGUGCAGAAGAUUUAGCUCCUUGGGCUUAGAGUGUGUGGAAGAAGAAUUCAAAAGGCUAAGACAGACUGGAUUGGUAGAAGAAUAUAACAGUAAAUAUGAUGAACUGAAAAUACAGAUGCUAAUUGCACACCCCUCAUUGACAGAAGUAUAUUUCAUCAGAAAAUAUGUUAGUGGGUUGAAGAACCACAUAAGGUGCUUUGUCAAGACUGCCAAUCCCUUAACCUUGAUGGAUGCAUAUGUGUAUGCUAGACAAUUUGAAGAGGGCCUAAAAGGAAAUGAGUGGGUUGGGAAUGAACAAAGCCAGAGAACAAAUAGCAGCUUUAGAACACCUUCUGUGGGAUCAGCAGUUAGUGUGAAUAGAAGCAAGCCUGGGGUACAGUUGAGUCAGGCUGAAUUGGAGAAACUUAAAGAGCAAAAGUUGUGUUUUUACUGCAGGGAAAAGUGGCAACAUGGGCACAAAUGUAGGCCUAAAACAUUCAAUGUGAUGACAGACAUUGAGGAAGGGCAAGUGGAACAAGAAGGGAAUGAAGAAGAACCCUCUAGCCCUGAGCUUAAUAGAGAAGAUGGUGAGAGACUUGCUGAGGUUUCUCUCUUGGCCAUGCUGGGAGGAGAAGGCCUGAGCACUAUCAAAUUACUGGGAAAAGUAGGCAAGAAGAAGCUAAUCAUCCUUGUGGAUACAGGCAGCACCCAUAGCUUCCUAGAUCCAGUGGUAAUCCAAAGCCUCAAAACAGUAACCUACAAGACCAAUCCCUUGUAUGUUACAGUGGCCAAUGGGCAGACUAUAAUGUGUGAAGAAGCUUGUAGUGAACUCUCUUGGACAAUGCAAGGGGAGGAGUUUCAGAGGGACUUUAGACUAUUGAGAAUGGGAGGAUGUGAUAUGGUAUUGGGCAUAGAUUGGUUAGAUCAAUUCUCUCCUAUCCAAUUACAUACAAGGCCACUGGGAAUAUCCUUUAUCAAAGGAGGGAAGGAAAUUACACUGCAAGGUAUUUCUAGAAGAGUAAGUCUUAAAGAAGCAACCCCCAAGGAAAAAGCCAACUGGGCAAAAAGGGGAGCACUAGGAUUUUUAAUCUACUGUUGUGGCUCUAAUCAAAUUCCUGCAGCAUCUUGCAAUGCAAUAGAAGCCUCCAUAUCACCUGCUGAAACCAUGGAUGCCAGGGUGAAAGAAGUACUGUCACGAUACUCUGAUGUAUUUGAGGAACCACAAGGCUUACCCCCUGCUAGACUGCAUGACCAUGCUAUUCCAUUGGUGGCCAAUGCAAAUCCUGUCAAUUUGAAAGCUUAUAGGUACACACAUGAUCAAAAGAACAUUAUUGAGAAGAUGGUUUCUGAGAUGCUACAGGCUGGAAUUGUGUGUCCUAGUACAUCCCCCUUUGCAUCACCAGUGCUUCUAGUGCCAAAAAAGGAUGGAACAUGGAGGUUUUGUGUAGACUAUAGAGCCCUAAACAUGAUCACUAUCAAGAAUAAGUACCCUAUCCCACUUGUAGAGGACUUAUUCUCUGAACUAUCAGGCUCUACACACUUCUCAAAGAUAGAUUUGAGGGCUGGUUAUCAUUAG